GGCCCAGGCUGAUCCCCUCUCCCCCCCCUGGUGCCUCACUUGCCCCUAUCUGGGCCUCCCUGUAAACCUGAUUUAACAGGAAACUGUGGGCUUUGAGAAGUUCCUUGUGACACACUAAUCCCAGCCUGCUGACCAGACCACGCCCCCAGCGGAGGCAACCUCCAGGCUCCCCGAGAAGGAGGAGGACACAGGCACCAGGUAGCCCUAAGGAGGAGCUGGUGACCUGGCAGACUUGACUCUUACAGUCUAGGGAGGAGGCUGCCUGGAGAGGCCAGGACAGAAGCUGGGCCCUUCUUUUUCUGACGCCUCUGAGACUUCCAGAAGCAGCAUGUCAGAGGGGGUGGGCACAUUCCGUGUGGUCCCUGAAGAGGAGCAGGAGCUCCGUGCCCAGCUGGAGCGGCUUACAACCAAGGACCACGGGCCUGUCUUUGGCCCGUGCAGCCAGCUCCCCCGCCACACCUUACAGAAGGCCAAGGACGAGCUGAAUGAGAGGGAGGAGACCCGGGAGGACGUGGUUCGAGAGCUGCAGGAGCUGGUGCAGGCGGAGGCGGCGUCUGGGCAGGAGCUGGCCCGGGCGGUGGCCGAGAGGGUGCAGGGGAGGGACAGCGCCUUCUUCAUGCGCUUCAUCCGCGCGCGCAAGUUCCACGUGGGGCGCGCCUACGAGCUGCUCCGAGGCUACGUGAACUUCCGGCUGCAGUACCCUGAGCUCUUUGAUAGCCUGUCCCUGGAGGCCGUGCGCUGCACCGUGGAGGCUGGCUACCCUGGUGUCCUCUCCAGUCGGGACAAAUAUGGCCGAGUGGUCAUGCUCUUCAACAUCGAGAACUGGGACAGUGAAGAAAUCACCUUCGAUGAGAUCUUGCAGGCAUAUUGUUUCAUCCUGGAGAAGCUACUAGAGAAUGAGGAGACUCAAAUUAAUGGCUUCUGCAUCGUUGAGAACUUCAAGGGUUUUACCAUGCAGCAGGCUGCCGGACUCCGGGCUUCCGAUCUCAGGAAAAUGGUAGACAUGCUCCAGGACUCCUUCCCAGCCCGGUUUAAAGCCGUCCACUUCAUCCACCAGCCGUGGUACUUCACCACGACCUACAACAUGGUCAAGCCCUUCUUGAAGAGCAAGCUGCUGGAAAGGGUCUUUGUCCACGGAGAUGACCUCUCUGGCUUCUUCCAGGAGAUCGAUGAGGACAUCCUGCCCGCCGACUUUGGGGGCACAUUGCCCAAGUAUGAUGGCAAGGCGGUCGCUGAGCAGCUCUUUGGCCCCCGGCCUCAAGCCGACAACACAGCCUUCUGAGGACUGACGUCUCCGGCUGUGCAACCUGUAGUUAGCAUCCCGGGCUCUUCUCGGCCGUCCUGGCCCCAGGAGGUUGGGAAAAGGGCUGCCUGAGGUGGUUCCUCUGCUCCUCCCUGUGCUUGGAUGAGUUCAGGUGUCACCCUCCUCCCAAGUUCAGGGACGAUAAAGCAGGGGGAGUUCCCUUGGACAAGAAGAAUUGGGGGCAGUUAUAUUCCCACAGCCUCUGAAGCUCAGAACAGUGACUUGCUCGGGGUUGAGUUUCAAAGACUCUUCUAAUUAAGCCUCUCGAUGAUUUCCUUUCUAGCAGUGUUGCCUCUCAGGGUCUGUGAAAACAGGCAAAGAGGCUGAUUUAUAGGUCUCUCCCCUGCCUAAAUAAAUAAAUAAAUAAAUAAAUAAAUUUAAUUAAAGGAUAAAA